AUGCAUACUGUCAAUCUUCUCAAAUGGGCUGUUCUCACAUUUCUUCCUAUAGUCAGCGCGGUCCCAAUUCCCCCUUUUGCCCCUCGCCCACUCUGUAAUUUCCAAUUAGCCCUUGCAAAUCAAGCCUGUGCGUAUCUUCCGUCAUUACAAAUCCCGCCGCCUCCUCCAUCACCUUUUAACCAAGUGUUUCCCACUACACCACCACCACCUGAACGCCACGAGCAGAUACACAGUCACGGUCAUAAACAUGAUCAUUCACAUGGUGAUGCAGUAGGAACUGUGAAUGGGCAGAAUCAAAGUCAUGUGCACAAGCAUGGUCAUGGUCAUGGUCAUCACAGACAUGAUCAUCAUAAGCAUCGUGUUCGUGGUCAUCAUCACAAGCAUAAAAUGUCGCCUGUAGAACAACAGUGUUGUAAAUGGUUAGCUCAGGUCGAUGACGAGUGUGUUUGCGAGCUGCUUGGGCGCUUACCGCCUUUCCUUGUUAGACCCAUUCAUGAAUACACUGUAAGAGUUGCUGGUUCUUGUAAUACAACUUACUCGUGUGGGGCCCAGUUAAGGCUCUAA